GGCUCCCAAGAUGGCGGCGCCCUGUUAACCGUCGAGGAAGCGGCUUUCGAGUGGUGGUGAGGUGGCGGAAUGAGAUCAGAUUAAGCCCCGGGACCUUAACGUCGGACAUUUCAAUAGAGCGAGUGUCCAUGGAGGGAGAAAGAGCCUGAGGGAGGAGAGGAGAGGAGAGGACAGAGGGCAAUCGUAGUCUGACCGCUGACCCCUCCAUUCAGUGUCUUGUCAGAAAGCGCUUUGGUUGUUCCCUUGUCACAAUCAAAGUGAAGUGGGUUCAAGGUGUUUUCAUCCUUUGUCUUCUCAUCAUGAAUAUCCACCCAGCUGGAACUCAGCUUCUCAGGAACUUGAGACUGUGCAGCUUUCUCUCCUGUAGAUGUGCAUUAAUUGGUUUUAGAAACUGUGCCACUAGCAUCCAAAAAUAUAGAUUUGCACCAUUGAAGAGGCAGAAUGGCUUUCCUUACUGCCUGGAAAAUCAUUUGGAUUUAACUUCAAUCCGAUUCCAUUCCUUUGAGAACACACAGCAGCAAAUUCCUACAGCAGCAUUAGAAAAUGAGCCAGAGAAUGGGAAUAUCCACAGCGGAGAAAUCACUGGUGACUCUGGUCCUUUCAUUGGCCAUUCAUCAAAAAGGGCAAUCGCACAAAAUCUAGAGCCGCUCGCUGAGGAAUCUAUCACUGAGCAGAAAACCCUGUUGUCAACCAAGAGGGAUGAGUCUUUGGAUCAAUUCUUUGACAGGCUUCGGAGGUGCACCUCUCCCAGCGAUGUGCUAGACCUGUACGUAGAAUCCACGGUGACCUGGAAACAGAUCAGCAGUUGCCUGAUGACCAUGUGGAGGACAACCAAAAGAAUGUCAGAGGAUCAAAAACGAUAUGAGCGGAAACUGAUGUUCGAGCAUCCGGUCUUCGAGAAGAUCUGCCAGCAGGCGCUGAAGGAAGCUCAGUCAAUGAGUUGUAAUGACUUGGCAUAUAGUCUCUUCGCUUUGGUAAAGAUUGGUGCAUCCCAGCAUAGCCGACUCAUUCAUACAUUGUUGAGAGUGACCCAGGAACGUCUGAACGAAUUUGACGAGAGGGCUCUCUCGGUGCUGUCCAGUUGUUUGAAGAACAUGGAAGAAGGCAAGAGUGUCAAUGCACUGCGCAUAGGCUUGAGACUCCUCGUGGAGCUACGCAUUCCAAAGAUCAAGAGAGUGAUGGCCCUGCAGACCAUGAUGAGGUGCAUUGGUAAAGAUGCCCCACUGCCUCUGAAGAAGAAGCUGGAGCACAAAGCAUUCUCUUUGCUGAACGAGUUCACUCUUCCCAACUCUCAGUAUAUGUUUAUCACACUGGCAGUCAUGGGCCUCUGCUCACAUCCACUCUUAAAGGCCUGCAGCGACAGGGUUAUCGAGAAUAUCCAUGGUAUCCCAUUUUGGCGACUCGUGCACAUUUUGCAGUCAUGCAAGGAUCUCCAGUACCGGAACACUGAUCUACUUAAUGCCAUAGGCAACCAUGUGGCAUCAACCCUGGCUAUCUGGCAGGUUAAGCAGGUAAUGCUCUUCCUAGUGCUGUUUGCAGACCUCAGCUUUUGUCACACCGAGUUGAUGGACGCGUUUGCAAAGAUUGUGCUGGCAGAGCCUGAAUCCUUGACUUUGAAGGAUGUGCUGUCAGUUCUUCGUGUGUACUCCCUGCUGAACCACCGACUAGACGAGGAUUGGGCGGGGCACUUUCUCCAGACUUUAAGUGAUGGGUUUGAACUGUAUUUGUCAAAGUGCUCUUCGCUGGAGCUCCUCCGUGGGGUUUACUCUUUGUGUCUGAUGGCCCACUAUCCCCAAGCUGCUAUACACCAACUGUUUCAGGAUAGCAGACUGAGUGAGCUUCUUUCGUCAGCCAAUGUCCACCGUGAGUCAAAUAAGCGAAUGCUUCAGUGCAUCUACCUGUGCCUGGAGUUAGAAAAUCCAUCCUUCGCCAGGCCAGCGAAUGCCAGUAUUGCCAGUCCCUUAUUGCCCAGUGUUACUGUGAACGCAGAGGUACAGAAGGCUGUAGAUACCACCUUGGGUGACAGCAGCCUGUAUCGCCAGGGCUUGGUGUUGAAAAACAUUCAUUUUAUAGUAUAUAAUCUGCACAGAAACUCUUCCGAACUGCUCUCCAUCAAGAUGAUCUCUAUUUUCUGUGCUUCUGUCAAGAUUUUGAAAUUGCUUUGGACCAAGAGAGAAAGAAUGCGGUUCCCAUUCCUCAAGAUGAUGAGAUUGGCAGUGAUACUAACACACAGCGAGUGGCUGUGCUGUGUACUCCAGUAUCCGCCUUUUGCCUUGGCACAAUGCACCCCAAGGAGAGGUUGGCAUUGAAGAUUCGGCAUCUCAAGGUACUGGGGUACCACGUGGUAUUGGUCCCAGUACACGAGUUUGGGAAGCUGUCAGAAGAUGAGCGAGUUGAGUUCCUGAAGAGUGCGAUCUUCGCUGAGUGAGCAGCCUUUGAGAAUCAGUGCUGCUUAAGCCGAGGACACAGGAUGAUGGAAUUGAUUGCUCUCGGUGGCCCCUAAAAAGUCAACUGCUUCAGCAGGUCUCUGGUGCGGUUGCACCAUUCGAUAAUUGAUGUCCUGAAGCUAUUGAUUCAGAUUGGUCUCCAGUUCAGAAUGAAGCUUUAACAAAUGCACUCAGCUUUCUAUUUUAAUCUUGAGUGAGGGGCCAUUUUGAAGGAUCAGUUGGUGGUCUUGUCAGUAAGGUAGUAAAUCCCAUCUUGGAGCAUAGCAUCCUGUGGUCUGUAGAGCACUCCGCUCCUCACAUAACCCUGGUGAUUCUAACAUCUUUUAUGUUGCUCUGCCGGUUGAUGAUAAGGUUAAUCUGAUGCCAGUGUUUAGAUCUUGGGUGCAUCCAAAUGUUUUUGUACUUUGCCUUCUGCUUGAAGAUGGUGUGGGUGAUUGACAUAUUUCAUUGGCUGCAAAGACUCAGGAGAAACAUGCCAUUGCUGUUGCACUUCCCCACAGCUUGAUUCUCCGUGACACCAUCCCAAGCUUGAAAGUCAGCUCCUACCCUUGUAUUGGAGUUCUCCAUCACAAAGAGCCUGUCCUCUUUGGAGUAUUUGCAAUAGGUCUGUCCAGGUCCUCCUAGAAUUUCUCCUUGCCAUCCUCUGGACUAGUCAUUGUUGGAGCAUUUUUGCUGAUCAUUGUUGCAUAUUUAUUGUUCACAAGAGGUAGGCAUAGAGUCAUAAAAUGAUCUUUUAUGCCCCUAGGGAGAGUAUCCAAACUUUUUUGCAAAGUCAGACUCAAUAGCAAAGCCGACAGCUGCCUCUCGCUUCUCACUCCUUGUCUUGUCUAUCCUGAAGAAUGUGUAGUCUGCUGAUAGCUCUGUUAACUGUCCCUCCUCUGCUAAUUGGGUUUCACUUGAAGCAGCAAUGUCAGCAUUGUAUUGUGAGAGUUCCCUGCCAACUAGAGUACUCUGGGGUUGGAAGCGGUUGUCUUUAUUAAGUAGAGUUCUUACAUUCGAGAAGCUAAGUAGAGUUCCCAUUUCUUCUUUUUAUCUCACCUACAAUAUACUGCAUUGUGUGGGCGAAAACUAAAGGAGCGCAUUUUCAUUUUUUCAAGAUAUAAGGGGGUGUGUAUGAAGGAUUCAGCCAGGUGUGUGUGGGUUGAUUACUGUGGGGAUGGAUUGCGCUAAGCCAGCCCCACUCUCGUUCUUGCUGUUCCCAGUGGCUUGACAGGUUAAACCGACUACAGAUGUGGUUGACUGCAGUGAAUGAUCUGCAGCACCUUCUGCACCCUUGCUGAUGAACUUUACAGCUGUGCGGCAAUACUCUCCGUACCAGUAAGAAAAUACCAUUUCCCUUGCUACAUCUGUCAAGGCAGCUUUAUUCUUAUUCACUUGAAAAGGAUGGUUGGAGAUAGGCGUUUCCCCCUCACAUGCGGACAGCACCCCGCAUGAUACCCUCACCUGAUUUGGCCUGCGAAUUGACAUGGUUACUGGUGUGUGGCCACUGCCAUGAACAAGCAGCUAUGUGGACCCACAAGUGCAGAGCUGGGUAAGUGUCAAGGACCUUAUGUAGUCAUCCAUCCAGCUAUGAUGUAGGGUACGGGUGACUCCUGAAGAAGACUACCACUGACACACACCCCGCUAAUGCCUUAACAUCCCUCCUAAAGUGUGGUGCCCUGAACUGGAUGAUAUACUCCAGUUGAGCCUGAACCAAUGCUUCAUACAGGUUUAACAUAACUUCCUUGCUUUUGUACUCCAUGCCCCUAUUGAUAAAGCCCAGAAAGCCGAAUGCUUUAUUUACCGCAUUCUCAACCUGUCCUUCCACUUGCAGUGAUUUCUGCACAUUUACCCCAGGCCUCUCUGUUCCUGCACCCCCUUUGGAAUUGUACCCUUUAUUUUACAUUGUCUCUCACAUUCUUCCAACCAAAAUGAAUCAGUUCACACUUCUCUACAUUAAAUUUCAACUGCCACUUGUCCGCCCAUUCCACUAACCUGUCUAUGUUCCUCUUGACGUUCUACACUUUCCUCCUUGCAGUUCACAAUUCUUCCAAGUUUCAUAUUGUCAGCAAAUUUUGAAAUUAGAUUUGGGUUUUGCAAGCACGAGCUGGCUCUACUUAUUAUGAACAACCAAAGGAACACAAUGUUCGAUCCACAAUACUUCCAAGUAUUCGUAUCAUCCACAAGUUUUGAAGGUGUGCCCUGCACAUCAAGGCCUAGGUCAUUAAUAUAUAUCAGGAAGAUCAGGGAUCCUAACACCGAUCACUGGGGAGCUCCACUACAAACCUUCCUCCAGUCUGAAAAACAACUGUUCACCACUACUCUUUGUUUCCUGUCACUCAGCCAAUUUUGUAUCCAUGUUGCCACUGUCCCAUUUAUUCCAUUGUAAGGAGAAUGUGGAUUUGAUGUACAAUUUCCUUUUUUUUAAAUAAAAUGAACUGUUGAUAAAUGAACAGUAACAGAUA